CUGAUAAGGAAAAGUAUAAACGCGACAACGAUAAUCAGUACCGUAACGUUGCGAACUAUGUAUUCCGAAGUAAGAGAUAUGCUGCGAAGGAAGACAAACGCUGGCCUAGGAAAAUUAUACAUUACAACAUAUCAGAAUUUGAUCACAAAGGUCGUGAAAACAUUUUAGAAGCAAUGAGGGUUUGGAGCAAGUACACAUGCUUGAAAUUCACGGAGCGAGCGCACGAGUUCGAUUACAUUAACAUCGUUCCAUCGGAUGAGUGUUAUUCCAGUGUUGGAUGCAGGCGUGGUCCUCAAUUCAUAAGCCUGAACAAUAACAGCUGUAUGGAUAUCCCUAUCAUCCUGCACGAGCUGGGUCACGCAAUUGGCCUGUACCACGAACACUCACGGCCAGACAGAGAUAAUUUGUCCAACCCCAACGGUAUUACGCUGGAGACUAUAGAUGAGGAUUAUGCCGAUAUAAUUGGAAAGGCAACGGUUCUCAGUUUUUAUGAUGUAAUGCCUCGUCAACGCAUGUACAACUGUUCCGAUUAUUGUCAACCCCCGAAUAUUGACUUUUUAGUAGACACAGUCUAUCCAAAAAGCAAGGACCGUAUUUUAGAAGAGGAAGAGAUUUCCAAUACCAAAUAUAAGACCGGUGAUGUUCUAAUAGUAGAAAAUAAUAGGAGUGAGGUUAACAUAAUCUACACCUGUAAGGAUGGUCAAUGGAUUUCAAAUUUAGUUACGCCUCAGUUACGAAUAAUCCGGUCACCGGCUGAUGUGUCCGAUCUUCAGGCAUCAGGAAGACUGGACACGUCGGAGCCGUUCGCCCUCGAUGAGUGA